UCUUCCUUCUUGACAGCCACAUAAAUCUCCCCUUCAUCUUCUUCCCACCUCUCUGUUUCAGACAUGUACGGCCUGAGAAGCAGAGCUCAAAGCUCUUCAAAUCCCACCGCCUCCAUUUCCGCCAUUUUCACCUUCUUUUCCGUUCUUUUCCUUUGCUCCUUCAAACCCAUUUCUUCAAAUCCCCAAACCCACCAAACCGCUCGAUCCCUUUGCAAUGGCACUCUGUUUCCAAAUCUCUGUUUCUCAAAGCUCUCCUCUUUUCCCCAACUUGCCUCCCUCUCGCCGGAAAAGCUCGCCGGCUCCGCCCUCAACUUCACCAACGAUGAGGUUCACGGUGCCUACGCCAAUUGCUCCAAGCUCAAGACUCUCUUCUAUGGAGGCCUGAAUCCCACCGACCGCCGCGCCCUCGAUGACUGCCUUGAGCUUCUCGAUGGCAGCAUUGCCGAACUCCAAACUUCGAUUUACGAUCUUUCCCCGUCGCAGUCCGCCGCCCGCCACUCCCACGAUCUGUUGACGUUGGUCAGCGCCGCCAUGACUAACCACCGGACUUGUCUUGAUGGGUUUUAUAAUAGUUCCGGGACUGUCAGGAAACGGGUGGAGCUGUAUUUGGGGAAAAUCGAACAGCAUUUGAGUAUUGAUUUGGCUAUGCUGAAGAAAAUCCCUGGAGUUAAACGGGCUGCCACGGCGGAAGAGGUGUUGCCGGAGUAUGGGGCGGUGAGAGGUGGGUUUCCGAUGUGGGUUUCGGUGAAGGAUCGGAGAUUGUUGCAGGCGUCGGUGAAUGAAACGAAGUUCAAUUUGGUGGUGGCGAAGGAUGGCUCCGGGAAUUUCACCACCGUCGGCGCGGCUGUCGCCGCCGCUCCAAAUUCGAGCACGACCAGGUUUGUAAUAUACAUAAAAGCAGGGGCCUAUUUUGAGAAUGUGGAAAUAGAACGGAAAAAGACAAACUUGAUGUUCGUCGGCGAUGGGAUCGGCAAGACGCUGAUAAAGGCCGACCGGAAUGUCGUCGACGGCUGGACUACCUUCCGAUCAGCCACCGUCGUGGCGGUCGGCAAUGGGUUCAUAGCGAAAGGCAUAACAUUCGAAAACUUUGCUGGUCCGAGCAAGCACCAAGCCGUAGCCUUCCGAAGCAACUCUGACUUCUCAGCAUUUUACCAAUGUAGCUUUAUCGGUUAUCAAGACACUCUCUACGUCCAUUCUCUCCGUCAAUUCUAUCGCGAAUGCGACGUCUAUGGCACCAUCGACUUCAUCUUCGGUAACGCAGCAGUCAUCUUCCAAAACUGUAAUCUCUAUGCUCGAAAACCCAACUCAAACCAACGCAACAUAUUCACAGCUCAAGGUCGUGAGGAUCCUAACCAAAAUACCGGAAUCUCAAUCCUCAACUGCAAGGUUGAAGCCGCCUCUGAUUUGCUCCCAGUUCUUCCCUCUUUUAGAACUUACUUGGGUCGACCCUGGAAGCUCUACUCGAGGACGGUUUUUCUCAAGUCAUUUAUUGGGCAAUUGGUUGAGCCAGUCGGAUGGCUUGAGUGGAGUGGGACAUUCGCAUUAGAUACUUUGUAUUAUGGGGAGUAUUUGAAUCGUGGACCUGGUUCUAAUACAACUGGACGAGUUACUUGGCCAGGUUAUCGGGUCAUUACUAACUCAACGGAAGCGAGUCAGUUCACAGUGGAGGCGUUUAUACAGGGUAGUGAGUGGCUGAACUCGACCGAGAUUCCUUUCUUCUCCGGUUUGGCUUGACCAUUAUCCCUCGAAGGUUCAAUGUUUCGAUGCUUUUUAUUUUUGUAGGGACUAAAAUGGUUUGAUGUUGUUCGAAGAAGUUAAAAGUUGCUUAAUCUAAGAUUAUAUAUCUAACCAGUUAUUAUGAACAAAUA